GGCUCACCAAUUCCCGCUAUCUCUGAGCACACCCAGUGGGGGGCGAUCCCUACAUGCUCCUUCUUUCAGUAACGUUUGUGGUUUAAGAACCGCAGUGUCAUCGCGGGGUCAGAGGCUUGGCCCAAUUAUCAAAUCGCCUGAGCUGGGUAGACAAGAGUUUAAAACCUGUUUGGUGGUUUUGGACCCCUAAGGCUCAGCAUUUCUUAUCUCGAAACACAUCAUGUAGAUGAUGCUGACAAACCGUAUUAAGGGGAAACUGGUAUAUUUACAUAUGCAUCAUGUCCAAAAUGGUGGUCUUCCGUGUGGGACUUGGUGUGGUCCUGGGAGCAGCUGCAGGAAUAGGUCUCUUCUACUACUUCUACAAACAAAAGAGAAAAAAGCCCCAGCAAAGAGGGCGAUCCAAAUCACCAAUGGGCGAUCCAGAACACACACAAAUUCUACAGCCUUAUAAUCAGGUUCCACGGAUGAGACAAGCACCAGUGGAAGGUGGUGAUAGCAUCCCAUAUACAGCUCAUCUAACACAAGAAGAACAGGCUGAAGUGCUGAACCGUCUGGACUUUGUGCUCAAAAGCCUUAUAGAACUGCGACAUGAAGUGGAAGAGUUGCGGAAUACCCUGCAGGGUUUAGCAGGAGAGAUAGUUGGAGAAGUCAGAACCCAACUAGAGGAAAGCCAGAAGGUUAUUCGGCGGAGGCGUGCUGUAUAUCCCAGAGAAAGGAGUGAUUCCACAGGUUCCAGCUCUAUAUAUUUCACAACCAGCUCUGGAGCUGCCUACACUACUGAUGGUGAAAGUGAGGGAGGCUAUACUACAGCCAACGCAGAGUCUGAUUAUGAUCGCGAGUCUGAUAAAGAGAGUGAGGAAGGAGAAGAUGAAAGAAGUUGUGAGACUGUGAGAACGGCAAGGAGGGAUUCCUUAGACCUUGUCAAUGAGGAUGAAACACUGACUUUGGACCCUGCUACAGACGAAGCACUUGGUCAGUUGCUCCAGCAAGCAGAUCGCUUGCACAGUGGGACCGAACAGGAGAAGAGAGAAGGAUUCCAACAGCUGCUUAACAAUAAACUAGUGUAUGGUGACAAGCAGGAUUUCCUUUGGCGCCUGGCCCGAGGUUAUAGUGAUAUGUAUGAAAUCACGGAGGACACAGAUGAGAAGUUAUCUUUUGCGUCUGAUGGAAAGGAUGAGGCAGAAACAGCUUUGCAGAUGGGAGAUCAAAGUGCUGAGUGUCACCAGUGGUAUGCCAUUUUAUGUGGCCAGGCUUCAGAAAACGAAAGUAUACAAAAACGCAUACAAGCAGGGCACAAUUUCAAGAAACAUGUAGACAAAGCAAUUGCUCUGAAACCAGAUGACCCCAAAUCUUACUAUCUCCUGGGCCGGUGGUGUUACCAGGUCUCUCAUUUGGGAUGGUUGGAAAGGAAAACUGCUGCUGCCUUGUAUGAAGAACCUCCCACAGCCACUGUUCAGGAUGCACUGCAGAAUUUCUUAAAGGCCGAAGACCUGAGUGCUGGUUUUUCAAAAGUGGGAAGAAUAUACAUUGCCAAGUGCUACAGGGAACUGGGAGAUAACUCGGCAGCUGCUCACUGGCUGAGUUUGGCUUCAGAGUUGCCAGUCAUCACAAAAGAGGAUGCUGAAAGCAGUAAAGAGAUGGAAGAGAUGGAAGCAAAUUCAGAAGACUAAGCAAGUUGAAAGAUCUGUCUGUAUAAUAGUUGUGUAAAUGCAGUGAAAGUUCCAGUCUAAAAGGUUUCACAGCCAUUAUUAUCCUUGCUGGGCUUCAUGAACAUGCCGCAGAAUGCAAAUGAAAAAUCAAACUGUGGUUUCAGCUGUCCUUUUUCAAAGAAUUAGGCUGGCAUGAUAGUCAGAGAAUCAGAGAAAAGUGAUUCAUCUCAUAUCCCUUGAUUGCUAAAUCAGUAUGCUUAAGUGUCCUCAAAACAAAAGUUACCAGGUUGAUUAUUUUUUCAUGCUUGUGUUUUGCAUAUUCACCAGCCAGACAUUUCCAAGACACAUUAAUUGCACACUUCCUUAAUUGUGAUGUGAUCAACAUGGCAUUUUGUGUGUUAAUCCUGUUUUCAUAAUACAUUAGAAAUUAAUCAGUAAAAAGAAGGCCUAUAUUAAAGCAGACCUGGGGAGGAUUUUUAAAAAGUUUCCCAUUUAAAAGCAGUUUCCCAUUUAAAAGCAGUUUCCCAUUUAGAAUCUCCCCAACUAGCUAUAUGUUGAGUAUAUACCCAAUACCUUUAUGCUUUCCAGUUUAAUUUGCCAUAAGACAAAUAGCUUGAACUGGGGGGGGGAGUAAAUUUGGAAACAAGGUUUAUGGAAAAGUUUUAAAUGUCCCCUUUUCUAAUACCCCACACUUGUAGUGAGCAGCAGAGCAAGGUGGCAUUGCUUACCUGGCUUCCCAGCAUAGAGGUUGCUGCUGGUAAAUAGGAAGCGGAGGGGCAAGGCAAUGGGGAGGUUGGUGUUGCGCAGGUACAAUGGCAGGACCAAUCCGAUAUUCCCCACGCUGGAUCUGGAUCAAGCUCCAUGUCACUUUGCCCCUUUCCUUCUCUGCUACUGGCAGUGACUUCACAUUAGGAAGCCAGGUAAACAAUACUGUUCUGCUGGUCCACAGCCUCAGCCUAAACCCAAUUACUGCUUUGAUCUAAAUGGAAAAAGGCAAUGGAUCCUGUUUUCUGGAUUCACCUGUGUUGCAUCUAGUUUGAACUGGAUGGAUAAGGUAGAAUUAUAGAUCACUGCUUCCUCUGGCAAAGUGAUUAAUGCUUAAUCAGUGGACGCUUGACAGUCUGUUCACUACACAUGAUAAAUAUUGUUGACUUGGCCAUUUUUACUCAAGGCAGCAUAGUACUGUCACUUUCCAUUGCCCCUAUUGUUAAUAUCCAGGUGGGGAUUGAUAGGAGAACAUUGGGUGCAAGUACAAUAUUCCACAAGUUAGACUUCUGUUUGAGCCCUUACAAAUAACUCUGGAAAUUGUGCCCAACGCAUGCACCUUGUAAGCUAUAUGCAUAUUCAUCUAGCUGCUUGUGGACUUUGUGUUCCUUUUGCAGUACUCCACUUCUUCCGCACAGUACACUAUAACUGUGGCACUGCCAUUCAUUAAAGCCACGAGGGGCACCCAGCCGAAAAACUUAGAAAAACCUUAAUGUUGGGGAACCAAAUAAUUUGCCUUCAGUUUUUGGAGGUGUUUGAGAGAACUAACAUUACUGCUGCAAAGGGCAAUUAAAAUAUGUUUUAAGUUUAAGGAAUAAAAACAAAGAGUUUUCUUCAUCUGCUGGCCUUUAACAGUAUAUUCCAAGAUAUAUUUUUAAAAUUAUCUUUCAUUCCUUCUCUUCAGCCAUGAGCAUUACCUGCCUACUGUAGAAUACAGCGUAGGGGGAAAUUCUUGGUUCUGAAAGAGAACCAAGAUCUGUAUUUUCCAGAGCUGUCGCUGAGUUGUACAGAAUAUGCAAUGCCUAAGAGGUGGAAUUAAAUUACCAUUCAGUUUCAGCCUGUUGUAAACCAAACAAUCUUACUACUUCCAGAGCACAGAAUAAUUCUGUUUUCUGUGUGCUGUAAUUUUUGCCAGGAAUUCAAGUGGGAUUUAUCAAUCCCCUUGAAACCUAAUUUACAGUUCACUUUAGCUGGAUAAUUACAGUGAUUUUUAUUGAAUACACGCUGCUGUAUUUAACAUUUCUAGAAAACACAAUUAGAGAGAAUAUUUUAUAUAAAAAUCAUCUAAUCUAUUCACCUAAGUACGGUAUGUAUAUAACAUUACGCUAGAAUUGCUUUUGAACAUUACAACAAAUCAAGUUGGAAGACAAGAAAUACUUCUGUCCAAAGAUUUUCCUGGUGCAUAUUUUCCUGUCUCUUAAUUCGUAUUUAUAUCUAAAAACAUUAGAUAGGCUGUCACUCUAGUCCUAUAAACAUUCAGAGAAGCAAGUACUUUUAUAGCCCUAUUUUUACUGUGCUCACAAGGAAAGGCAGCUGUGUUAAGAUGUGGGUUGUAUUCAACUUAAGUUGCACUCAGAGUAGACCCAUUGAAAUAAAUUUACGUUAGUCAUGUGCAUUAACUUCAGUGGCUGUACUCUGAGUAAGAAGUAUUGGAUACUGCCCUUUGAGUAGGUAGCAGUGUUACGUAUUCUUGUGACCCUGUGGUUUGGAUGAGAACAUACUGCCAGCUACUAAAUCACUAGGGUAGUUCCUUGCAUGUUCAAAAUGAUUGGCUAUAAAAUGUUCAGUGAAGGGUUCCUCAAGUUAAUUUAACAUAGUAAAAGUUUCCCGGUAUUUAAAGGUUUGUAUAAAUGCCUGAAAUAAUACUUGUUUUUAAAUACAGCAAGUCCUUGGAUAAAUCCUUGUUGCCCUUGCUAAUUUACUGUAAUAACAUUACCUCGCAAUCAACUUAGUUCAUGCCCCUUGCGAAUCUUAGGCCAUGCUAAAUCUAAACAAAAUCUAAACAAUCUAAUCUAAUCUAAGCAAAAUCUACACAAUCUAAACAAUGCCCUACUGUAAUACUUACUCCAUACUUCAUUCAAGUGAAGUACAAAUUGUAUCUUCAGCUUAGACCUGUGGUCCAUUUCCCUCAAACCAUCAGUUGUUUGUCACUUGUAGUGUGAUCUGAUGGGGGGGAGGGCAGAGUUAAGACCUGAAUUGGUAGUGUGCACCUCUUCCUAGCAAGGGACGGCUAAUGGAGACGUUAAAUUAAAAUAAAUCAGUUCAGCAGGAUUCCAUGCAAACCCCUUCAUGAUUCAGGGAGCGUUUUGCAUUAGAAGCUCCUGCUAAAACAAAGGAAGAAACACCAGUCAAAUUGGUUCCACAGCACUGAUAUCUGGCUGGUGGAGUCAAAAAGGUCCCCCAUCCCAUUCUAAAACCGCUAGUCAAAAUGUGCAUCUGGAUAUUGGACAUUUUGUUUGGGUGAAAAUGGGAGUGACUAACAAGAACAAUAUUUUAUUAUUUAUAAUGCCGCCCCCCCCCCAAAAAAAAAUCUGGCCUUGAGCCGCUCACAAGUAGUACUUGAAAAGGACCAGUCCAUAUAUUUGCAUUCAGAAGUACUUACGUUUUUCUGAAGUUAAAAAUUUGUUCGAUUUCUGUGCCUGACUAAAUUAUUUAUUAUUCCAAUGAAAGAACUAAUUGAAAUGCUUGGGAGAGCUGUAUGAAUUAUUAGACAGUGACCAAAGUAUUUUGUGUGAGUACUGCUUUUAAAAACUAUGCUCUGGAAGCAUUUAUAGAAGAUGGAGAACUGUAACUAAGGCUGCAAUUGUAUACUUGCUUACCUGGGAGUAAGCCCCACUGAACUGACAUAUUUCUAAAUAGAUGUGAUAGGAUUGCACUAUUAAGCACACUUUUCUGUCAUCGUCAUCGUCUGUCCCCCCAUUUUGACAUUCCACAUGCUUAUUUAUGAGACCUUUGGUGAUUCAGUGUUUGCUGUCACUAUCCAUUUCCUAAUGUGUUUAAAGCUUUAAAUUUCCAUGUGUGAUAUUCUGAUACUACAGAGAAACGAUGUCAAUUGCAAACACGUUCAUUUUUAUGUGAGAUGGAUGAAUUAAAUCACUGAUCUGAUUGUGCUUCUACAAGUAAGCCUGACGAACCUGACUAAAAUGCCAAUGAAGUAAACGAAGAAAGGGAUCUCAGUAACCUCACAUAAUAUCAACCUUUAAUUCAAGUACAGACAUAGUCAUGUGAUGCCCUAUGUAAAAAUUGCACUGUGUGAUCAUUUUAGGGCCCACAAAGCAGUGAGUAUCUUAAUGCACUUGACCAAAGCAAGGUCUUUAGUAUGAUUGCAAUAGCACAAGAAUGGUCCUUUAACUGCAUUACGUAUCCAACUAACAUCUCUCCCUGCCCCCCCCCUCCAUGAAUGAAUUGCCAUAUGGGAGCACUGCAUGGGGUUUUGGAGGCUGGGAGGAAAAAACUUUGAUAGGCUGGACAAGAUCUUCUGGCUAUGUAUGUGUGCCUUGCCCUUCAUCUAAGGAGCUGGAGAGAGAACUCUGCCUGCCUGCCUCCUUUUGUUCCUUUUCAGGAGAUUGCUGUUACAACUAACACCAUAGAACAGGCUCCCUCAACCUCGGCCCUCCAGAUGUUUUGGACUACAAUUCCCAUCAUCCCUGACCACUGGUCCUGUUAGCUAGGGAUCAUGGGAGUUGUAGGCCAAAAACAUCUGGAGGGCCGAGGUUGAGGAAGCCUGCCAUAGAAUCAUGUGUUGAAAAGAGAAUAGCUUUCUGAAAUUGGUUUAAGUAAUCAAGGCAAUAUCAUUUCGAGCAAGGUAGAUGGUAUACCUUGAGAUCAGUAUUUUGGAGAAGAGUAAUCUCUGAGGAAGGAUGGUUUGGGGAAAGUGGUUCUUCAUUUAGAAGGAGGUGCACUUUAGCAGCCUUAGGUGGAAAUGAUUUAUGUGUGUGUGGUGGUGGUUGGGUGUUUUUUUUUUAAGUUGCAUAUGUUUUGUUGACUAAACUGUGAAUAUAAAGGUGAAAAUCUUUUAUGACUGCACUGCAACCCUCCCAGAGGGUCACUAAGUACUUAAAAGUCUGAUGGAAAAAAAGGUAGUUCAAAAAGGCAGGUUGCAUUACUGACAAAACUUAUUUCCAAUAUCUAUUUUACAGGGAACAAAUGACAAUUAUUUUCAUGUAACUGUAUAUUUGUUUUUUAAAAAUCAAGCUAAUACAAUAGUUAAUUGUAAAACUGGGUGGUUUUAACUUCAACUUUAUUUGAAAUAAAAGUGACAACACUGCCUAAUGAUGAGUAUGUAACAGUUCUGAAAUAAAAAUAUCUGCAUUCUUUUUA